UCAGACUCUGAACCAGUGUGAGUGCCUUGAGAAGAAGGACUCCAGCAUCAGCAGUUGCUGUACCUGUGGCCAUCCCAGGAGCACCUCCGCCCAUCGUGAGACAUAAGGAUCGCCUUUUCCCCAGGCCAUGCCAUGCCAGGGCCUGCCCCUCCGGGUGGCUACCCUGCUCACAGGACUGUUGGAAUGCCUUGGCUUCGCGGGUGUCCUCUUCGGCUGGGCUUCGCUGGUGUUCGUCUUCAAGACAGAGCAUUACUUCGAGAAGCUGUGUGAAUCCAAUGGCCAGCCUAUGUACAAUGCCACGGGCCAAGCUGAUUGCAAAGCCCAGGAUGAGAGGUUUUCUCUCAUCUUCACCCUGGCAUCCUUCAUGAACAACUUCAUGACUUUCCCCACUGGCUACAUCUUCGAUCGUUUCCACACGACCGUGGCCCGCCUCUUAGCCAUAUUGCUCUACACCAGUGCCACACUCACCAUAGCCUUCACCUCUGCAGAAUCUGCCUUGCUGCUCUUCGUGGCCAUGCCUAUGCUCACAGUUGGGGGAAUUCUGUUCCUGCUUACCAACCUGCAGAUUGGAAACCUAUUUGGCAAACACCGUUCGACCAUCAUCACCCUCUACAACGGGGCCUUUGACUCCUCCUCCGCCGUCUUCCUUAUCAUCAAGCUGCUUUAUGAACAAGGCGUGAGUCUCCGGGCCUCCUUCAUCUUCCUCUCCAUCUGCAGUGCCUGGCACGUGGGUCGAACAUUCCUCCUGAUGCCGAGGGGGCAUAUCCCCUACCCACUGCCCCCCAACUACAGUUAUGGCCUGUGUUCUGCGAAGGGAAGCAGAGAGGGGACUCAAGACAGAAAGGAGGAGUCAUCAAAAGAGCUGGCUGCACUGAAGGAAGAGGCCCAGGACCCUGUGCAGAAGCAGGAGGUGCGCUCCUUCUGGAAGUUUGCCUUAUCCUGCCGCUUCGCCUGGCACCUGGUAUGGCUGUCCCUGAUCCAGCUGUGGCACUACCUCUUCAUCGGCACCCUCAACUCACUACUCACCAACUUGGCCAAUGGGGACAGGGCAUUGGUGAGCACCUACACAAAUGCCUUUGCCAUCACCCAGUUCUUCGGGGUGCUGUUUGCCCCCUGGAAUGGCCUGCUCAUGGACUGGCUUAAGCAGAAGUACCAGAAGGAGGCGAGAAAGACAGGCUCCUCCACCUCCAUGGUGGCCCUCCGCUCCACGGUGCCGUCACUAGCGCUGACAUCGCUGCUGUGCUUGGGUUUUGCCCUGUGUGCCUCCGUGCCAGUGCUCCCCUUGCAGUACGCCACCUUCAUCCUACAAGUGAUCAGUCGCUCCUUUCUCUACGGAGGCAACGCUGCCUUCCUUACUCUCGCUUUUCCGUCGGAGCACUUUGGAAAGCUCUAUGGACUUGUGAUGGCCUUGUCGGCCAUUGUGUCUCUGCUCCAGUUUCCCCUCUUCACCCUCAUCAAAGGCCCCCUCGAGAACAACCCCUUCUAUGUGAAUGUGGGGCUGGUGCUCGCCACUCUGCUCACCCUGCUGCACCCCAUCCUGGUGUACCGUGACUGUCGGAGCGAGUAGAGAGGAAGGAAGACUGCGCCCUCCUGCCCACCCUGAGGAAGCUUCUGCCACCAUUUGCCUGUGCACAGACUGUGGGCGGCUUGUAUCGAACAACCUUUCUUUCUCCUUAAAGCACCAGUAACUUUAGUCUUUCACUGCCAACUGCUGCUUCUGCUCAGCAAGGAAAGGAUCUCAGCAGCUGUGCGCACAGCUGUCUCCCAGGCACCCCAAUUCUUUAGUUUUAGAGCGGGAAGCACUUGUUUUUUUGCUUCUUUGGUUUGGGGGCCACAUCUUGCUGUGCUCAGGAAUCACUCCUGGUGGAGUUUGGGAGACCAUAUGGGGUGCCAGAGAUUGAACCUGGAAUGGCUACGUACCUAAUAGGCAAGUGCCCUCCUGGCUGUCCUAUAGUUCUGGCUCCUUACAGAAGAAAGUGCUGGGCCCAGGCUCUUGUUCAUGUUGACUGUUUGUGUGUAUGUGUGUGUGUGUGUGAGGUGGGGUCUCUGGACUCUGCCUGUAUGUGACAGGCAGUUCCAUCAGGCCACUUCUGGUGAAGGGUGACUCUGUCCUGACCUCGGACCACCUGGCAUUUGGAUGGUAUAAAUGGCUCUUCCUCAGGGACAUAGCCUUGGUGGGGAAUGGAUCCCCAAGUCAAAGGAGUGAUGGGUGAAAUGAGAGGGUUCUGGGUGGCCUCCAGUGAACACUUCCCCAUCUCAAGCCUCAGUUUCCCUGCUGUAGAAUGAGAAUGGCGGGGAGUUGGAGGGUCCUUAUGGAGCAAGUUCCAGAAAGUUUCAGGGACAAUGAUAGCAUAGCAAGUCACAUCAAGGCCUUGGGAAGCAGCUGAUCUGCUUGGCCCAA